GUUAGUCAUCAAGGGUGCGUGAUGUGUGUGGAAUGAAACACAGCUGAGCAGUUCACGCGGUCAGGGUUGUGGCUUCAAAGAUCACGGACAGAGAGUAGAGGUGAAGAUCAAGACUCUGCAUUUGUACAGCAGCAGGCACGAGUGAAGAGGAAUAAAAAACAGACAAGUAAGAGGUGAAGUGAAGUGAAGUGAGGUGAGGAAAAAGAUGGCAGUUCAGAUCAGAAGCCUGGUGGAUGAUUACUCCAGAUACCUGAAGGUGUUCGAGCUGUUUCUGGAGUGCUCGUCUGAACACCAGAGUAUGAGAGACUUCAUCCAUAGCACACUUCCAGAAAUCCUGACUGCACCACAAGCGGAGGCCAUCCACAUCGGAUCUGCUUUAAUAUCAACAGAUCUUCGUUUAAGUGUUGGAGCAGGAAAAGCCACACUGAAUAUGAUGGGAGUGGGAUGUGGAUCAGGAGAGAUCGAUGUGGAAAUCCUCACACAGCUGCAUGCUAAAUAUCCGGAGGCCAAAGUGGAGUACGAGGUGGUGGAACCCAAUGGAGACAUGCUGUAUAAAUAUAAAGAUUUAGUAUCAAAGACACUGGGCCUUGAUCACAUCACCUUCAGGUUUAAUAAGAUGACGGCAUCCGAGUUCGAACGCGACUGGAAGCAAAGAAACACUGACCGGAAGAUGGACUUCAUCCACAUGAUUCAGAUGCUGUACUAUGUGAGUGAUCCGGAGGCAACAGUUUCUUUCUUCCGAAGCUUAUUGCACAAAGAUGGCAAACUCCUCAUCAUCCUGGUCUCAGGACAGAGUGGCUGGGGCAGGUUAUGGAGAACCUAUCAAGCUCAGCUGUGCAAGAGUGACAUCAGUCAGUGCAUCACAACCGGAGACAUCAGGAACUUCUUGGAUGCUAAAGGAAUCCCCUACCAGAGCCACACACUCCCAUCUCAGCUGGACAUCACAGAGUGUUUCACAGCUGGAGAUGAGAAAGGAGAGCUGCUGCUGGAUUUCCUGACCGAGGUGAUGGAGUUCAGUAAGACCGCUUCCCCAGAGCUGAAGGCCGGAGUGCUGGAGCUCCUCAAACACCCCGACUGCAGCCGAGAGGUGGAUGGGAGGAUUAUAUUCAACAACAAUCUCGAGGCCUUAGUGCUCACCCCAUAGUACCAAAUCAUAAAGACACACUAAGAAAAACAUUUCAUGAAUUAAUUUUUUUUAGAUUUUAACUUUAGCACCUUAGGCAAAUCUGUCACUAGCUGUCUGAUGUCUGUAAAUUGUUAAUACAAAUAUUGUAUUUGCUUUAAUUGCAACAUAGAAUAUGAAAAGCAAUCCUUCUUAAACUGGUUGGACUGUAAAUUAUGGUUUAUAAAUUAGGACUGUGACUGUAUUUGGCAAAAAAAUCAACUAAUCCAAUUAAAUUGGGGAAAAAAUUGUGCCAUCAGUUAUAAACA